CAUGUCUAGAUGAGGAAAUUUAUCCUGUUCGAUUAAUUAAUACAGUAAUUAUACAACCCCAUACAGAACAAUUGACUGAAAUAACAGUACCAGUCAGACAACGUGAUACAAUGAUAUUCAGCCACGAUCAUCAAUUACAACAAUUACGUUGGAUUAUGACGCCUAACGCAGUGGUCAAGAUCGAUGAUUAUCAUUCAAUCAUAUCAAUCACAAAUCCAACGGAUAAUCCAAAAAUGAUUUUCAGAAAUACUGUCAUUGGUGUUAUAUGCACACCACCGGUUGAAUCAGAAUGUAUACCAAUUAUGGCAUUAAUUCAAGAUAAAAAUAAUGUGCUUCAACAAACAAACACAGAUCCAGAUAAUAUGUGUGGUACAUGUAAGACGCAAUUUCAAUCAAGAAAUUUAUUGAUGGCACACCUUAAAGAUAUGGAUCAUGGUACAAAAUCAGAAUUAACGCCAAUACAAGAACUUAUAUUUAAUAAAAUAAACCAUCUGGAUGAGCAACAACAACUACAAGCAAGAUUUACAUCAAACAAGUAUCAAAAAUUUUCAUCUACGUCGUGUAUCAAAUAUCAUGAGAGAAGUACAACAAGGAGAAGUGAACAAGAUGAUAUUAUAUUAUUAUUAAUAUUGAAAGAUGGUAUUAUUCGGCCAUCAAACAGCCCAUGGUCUUCACCUGUAGUAACAGUGAAGAAGAAGGAUGGUUCACCACGGUUUUGUGUUGAUUAUAGGAAAAUUAAUUUAAUUACACAAAAGGACGUGUAUCCAUUACCGCGGAUGGAUGAUAUUAUGGAACAAAUGGCUGGAUCUAAAUGGUAUUCGAAACUAGAUAUGAAAUCCGGUUAUUUUCAGGUGCCAAUUAGUGAAAGUGACAAAAAGAAGACGGCAUUUUCAACACAAGAUGGUUUAUUCGAAUUUAAUGGCUUACCCCAAGGCCUAAUGAAUUCACCCCCAACCUAUCAAAGAAUUAUGAAUGAUACAUUAGGACAUCUUAGAUGGGACUGUUGUCUCGUCUAUUUGGAUGAUGUUAUUGUGUUUUCACCAACAUUCGAACAACAUCUGGAAGACGUCAGUAAAGUAUGCCGUGUGUUAUCCAACGCCAAUUUUAAAUUGAAUGUUGAUAAAUGUGAAUUUUUUAAACAACAGAUUGAAUAUUUGGGGCACAAGAUACAUGAACGUGGUAUACAACCAAGUGACGGCCAUGUACAAGCCAUUAAAAAUUUUCCAACACCAACAACAGCUAAAUCAGCUUAUGCGUUUUUACAAACAGCUACUUUCUUCCGAAGGUUUAUCAAAAAUUUUGCCGGAAUAUCACCAUCAUUGAAGAAAUUUGGAUUAAAAGAUGCACAGAAGAAUUUUAUAUGGAGUGAACAAGAACAAAACGCAUUUGACCAAUUAAAACAAUGUUUAUGGACAGUUGAAGGGUAUAAACCAGUAGCCUACGUAUCAAGAACAUUAACAACAACAGAAAGAAAAUAUCCAAUAAGCGAAAAAGAAUGUUUGGCCAUUUGGUGGUGUGUAUCAGAAAAAUUUCGGUCGCAUUUAUACGGCCAAUCAUUUGUUGUUGAAACCGAUCACCAAAAUUUAACGUCAAUAUCAACUAAACCAUACAAGAAUGCAAGAAUUGACCGGUGGGCUAUGAAAUUACAAGAUUUUGAUUUUAAGAUUAAACAUAUUAAUGGUAACAAGAAUGUCGUGGCUGAUUUUUUAUCAAGAUAUCCAUCUGGUUGUAUAAUGGAUGAGCAAGACAAGAUUAAUGAUGUGAUUAAAACAACAACAAUACAACAACCAAUGAUAGCAGCUGUAACCACAAGAACAAUGCAAAAACAAAAUAUUAAAUCAUGUGAUGAUGAUGAUCAGAAGAAAAACAUCAAUGAUGGUAUGAAACACCAACAGUCAACAACUCCACAACAACAACGAAAAGUGUUAUCAUUUGAUGAUACAACAUUGAAGGAGCAUCAACAAAACGAUCCAGUUAUACAAGAUAUUAUUACAAAUAUUAAUGAUAGAGAAAGGAGAUUUAUGGUAAAACGAGACGGUUUAUUAUAUUGGAGAAUCACAAGAAGAAGUGGACGCCGCUACCAACUACGUUAUGUCCCACAAUCAUUACGUAUGAGUAUUAUUUUAGCUUAUCAUGAUUCUACUGAUAGUGGUUCUCAUUAUGGGGUCCAACGGACAUAUGACAAGUUGAAGAAUUAUUAUCAUUGGCCAAAACAAUAUAAAGAUGUUGAAGCACAUGUCAAAAAAUCACCAAGUGGACCAUGGGAAAAAGUAUCAAUGGAUUUUAUUGGUAAGAUUCCAACAUCGUCACAAGGAAAUCAAUAUAUACUGGUAUUAACCGAUAUAUUCUCCAAAUAUGUGGUCACGAAAGCUGUUAAAAAUUGUACAACAUCAACAGUGGUGCAAUUUUUAAAGAAUGAUGUUAUAUUUCAACAUGGUGCACCAAAAGAAAUCGUCACCGAUAAUGGUAGCCAUUUUAGGUCGACAUUGAUGGAAGAAAUAACAAAAUUACUUGGUUGUAAACAUAUUACAGUGUCCCCAUAUCAUCCAGAAGCAAAUGGGCAGUGUAAACGCUUUAAUGCAACAUUAUUCCCAAAAAUCCUGGCAUUGAUGAAUGAAAAACGUAAUAAUUGGGAUGAUAAAUUAAAACCGGUUACAUUCAAUUACAAUAAUUCAAUACAUGCUACAACGAAAUAUGCACCAGAGGAAAUUAGGCAUGGUAGCAGAUGUCGUCUACCAGCUGAUCCACACGAUACACCAAUUAAAACAUUAUUAUCAAAAGAAUGGAAUGAAGAAAUCAAGAAAUGUUUAGACGACAUUCAUUUAGCAACGGUGAAGAACAUCCAAAAAGUUCAAAAUCAAAUGAAAACAAGAUUUGAUAGACAUCGUCGUGAUCAGGAAUAUCAAGUUGGUGAUUUAGUGGUGGUCAAAAAUGAACAUCCGGAAAACAAAUUAUCACCGAAAUAUAUCGGCCCAUAUGAAAUUAUACGUCGAUUAGGACAUAAAACAUACGAAGUACGAUUUAAUCAACACGGACCAAUACAUCGACUGACUGUUGAUAAAAUGCACGCAUUAAAUUAA